CGGUCCUCGGCGCGUCGCCGUGCGCGGAGUCCGCGGCGUGCCGCGCACGCGGGGGAGACGCGCAGUACGCGCUCCUGGACUGACGCGCUAGGGACUAGGAAACCGCCAUAACAAACGGGAGCCGAAGGUCGGCGAGAAUAACGAAAUGUGAAACGGGGACGAAAAGGCCGCGUUCGGAGGGUUGCCAGCGGCCGUCCGAGGAGGAAAAUGGACACGAUCGCUGCACUGUGUGUCGUUUUACCCAUGUUAAUAUGCCACUGUUGUGGAGACGGUCUGACCUAUGUCUCCGGGUUUUACUCUAAAACGCCCCAGAAGCUCUCCAAGUACAGCUGGUACGGCAGCGUCAGGCUUUACCACUUCACGGUGCCCGAAGACACCGUGAUCGUCCGCUGGCUCUUAACUGUGAGCAAGGCAGCGGGUUAUAAUUGUGGAAACCAUAACAUUUCAAUACACUUCAGGUCAGGGGCCCCUCCUGUAAUAAAUCCAAUAGAUACUGAAUUCCCCAAUGAAACGGUCUAUUCGCCUGCACACAACCUCACCCUGUCCAUACAAAGUGGGCAGAACACCACUAUCUUCAAUGUGACUAAUCCAGUGUCUGGGGACUGGUUCGUGGCUGCACAUCUUCCAGAAGACGAUGGCAAAAUAGAGCAUAAGGGUUUCUCGUCCACAUGCUCCUACUACUUUCAGCCUCAGAUGUUUGUGAGGAGGGUGGUCGACAUGCCCAUCCUUGAGUCCAGUAUGCGUCUUCGUCAGACAGUGUCUUCCCCCGAAAGACCCGCUGCUCUUAAGAUUUAUGUACCAGGUUAUACAUCAGACCUUUCCCUGUACAUAUCCGAUUGCACUACAGACGGCAUCCAGGAUGCCAACUGCCCGCUAAUGCUCACUCUGGGUUCCACUUCUUUGCAACGCCCCUCGGUGAGAUUAGUGAAUUGCACUGGCAAGGUGUCCUGCUUCACCACCCUUUCAACACCGCCCUGGGACACGUGGAUCCGCAUCUCCAUAGAGAGUAUUUACAUCAACCUGACCUCAACCUUCUCUAUCUCAGCCAAUCUCACAGCUGGAUGUAAACCUAAAAGUCUGGGCAUCAUGGGAGACUUCCUCACCAAGCUGAGUGUUAAUAGCAGUAAUUUACUCGGAGGAAACACCUCACUGUUGGUGAGGAACAUCAGCUUGCCAGGAAACAACUCCGUCAACCCAGACCCCUUUGGAAGCACCUGUGUGCGUAACCAGCCCAUAUUCAAGGAGGAGCUAGAUGUGGCCUCGGUGCGCUUCUCCGUCAUUGGUGGGCCCAAUAUCACCGUCUCCACCCAGGCUCCAACAGUCUUCCUCCUAGACCUUAACUCCUUCACCAACAGUGGCGGCACCCUCAACCUUGAUCUCAGGCUCAAUCAGACAACUUCAAUCAAUGGGAAUGUCCGUGUAAUGGCUUGCCUUACACCUAGGUCACCUCUGUUGGCACUGAACACUACUCAAUCCUGUGCAACAGGUAAAGUGAUUAUUGGUCCGUUAGCUUCCGUUCACGCUACAUGAUUUUAGGCCUGAUAUUCUGAUCACAAACAGUUUUUGUAGAUUGCCGACAAAACCCCCACAGAAUGUAGGCAAUGUUCGAUUGGCACUGGCAAAUCGCGACUUGAUUGCUAUGUUUGAACUGUUCAAAGACGCGACCCAACGGAUUAAGUGAUAUGUCGCAGACGUUCGUCAGAUAUCAAGCAUGUUAAUUAUCUGCACCUGUCAUUGACUCCAGAUCCUGUAGGUCUGAAAAGGUGUGGCUGGCAAUGAGUGUGUGUGUAUAUAUGUAUAUUUAUGUAUGUAUGUAUGUGUGUAUAUGUGUAU